AUGGCCAUCAUCUUCGGCUUCGUGGUCGUCAACGCCGACUAUACAACGUACCAAGGGCUGCACUCAGCCAUAAGUAUCAUUUUCAUGACAGCACUGUAUCAAGGAUACGCGACGUACGUUGCUUGCCUGCCUUCAUCCCUGGGGGAACGAGUCGUCUACUGCCGCGAGUGCGACGCGCAGACGUACAACACUCUCUGGUACUUCUUCGGCAUCACGAGAUCCCCUACGUCUUUGGCAGUAAUCUCCUCUUCACCAUUGUCUUCUCCCCUCUCCUCGGCUUCCGGUCCUCCAGCACGGCUGUUCUACAGGCUCAACAUCUCCCUCUCCGUGCUCAUACAGACGCUCCUGGGCCAGCUGCUCGCCUACUUGCUGUCCAGUGGCGAAGUCGUUGCCGUUGUGGGCGUCCUCAUCAGCAUCAUGUUUCUGCUCUUUGCUAAGUUCAACCCGCCUGCUGCUGCCAUCCCGGACCGUUACCUAUAUAUCUUUGACGUCACUCCACAGCGCUGUUCCCUCUCGAUCCUCGUCUCGCUCGUGUUCGGCAACUGUCCUGAAGAUCCGGUGUAUGAUGAAAGAUUAAGGGACUACACCAACGAGCGGUCGGAACUCGCGUGUUAA